CCCGGACCCGGCACGGUGUACCGUGAAUCAGUGAAUGACUGACCCGGCCGGCGCAAGGUGGAAACGACACGGCACGGUGAAGGCCCGGACCCGACACGGUGUAACGUGACUCAACGAAUGAGUGACCUGGCUAGCUCACGGUGGAAACGACACUGCACAGUGUAACGUGAAUGAGUCUUAAUUGUUUCGGACGGACGGAUGUUGGAUGAGAACGGGAGUAGACUCUCAGAGUUCGCCGAUGUCCCAGCCAAAGUUGACACGUCUCCGCCAAAGCUGGACAAAGAGACAAACUGGAACAUGUUCCAGUCAUGGGUAAACCGAUGGCAACGCAACAACGCGGAUAAUCUGGCUUUGGUGUUAGCGAUUAAGAGAAACCAUUAUAACCGGGGCAAAGUAGACUGUCACUGGGACUACACACCACAACCGUACAUGGUAUAUUACUACACGCGAGUCGACUUUCUGUCCAGGAUAAAUUUCGAGAACAAGUUUAUUUACGACAGGAUAAUUACAACUAACCCGAAAGUCCAAACCACAGCCAGUCUCAUGAAAGACUGGGAGCGGAAUCGGCGAGAUAUUCUAGAGCGAGCCGAGAAAAAAUUCGUGCUUUUCCCUCUCGUGCCUUGCGAAGACAUGGAAGAUGUGACUUUUGCUUCGCCGAAGGGGGUUAAGAGACCACGUAUCUACCUGACAAUAUCGCAUCACAAAUGCUCGCCAAUGGGAGAGCUGCAAGUGGAACUCUUCACAGACGUUUGUCCGCAAACGUGUGAGCUCUUCACUGAGCUUUUGAUGGGCGAUGGCCUGGGCUAUGGAUACGUUGGAACUAGUUUUUUCAGGUGA